CAGCAUUUCCCUCUCUGCUUAUCCUGAACCGUUCACUCUGGACCUCCACCCGGGACCUGUUGGAGCUGCAGUGGGUUUAUUUUUAUUUUACAGGAAGCAGAUUUAUGUUUAAGGCCCCAGAUUGUCCACAAAAGGACCAGCACGGAUGAUGCGUAUUGCGGCGUGGCCGUUGCGUGAAAGCAGAAGAUGGGCGCGCUCCCACCUGGACCUCCACCUACACACCGGCUGCUGGGACAGCUUCGCGCCGUUCUGAUACUACCUGUAGUGGUCCUUUGGGUCCAGCUCUGUGCCGCCUUUAACCUGGACGUGGAGACGCGCGUGGUGUUCACGGGACCCCGGGGGAGUUAUUUCGGUUAUUCUGUGGAGUUCUUCAGCAGCGCGUCCAGCAUCAGCCUUUUGAUCGGUGCUCCAAAAGCCAACACCAGCCAACCGGCUGUAACAGAAGGAGGAGCCGUGUAUUUGUGUCCCUGGAGCCAGAAUAAUUGCAGCUCUAUUGACUUUGACAAGCAAGGCGAUCAGUAUUUUUACAUAAAUGACGUCAACACUCAGGUUGAGUUCAAAUCCCAUCAGUGGUUUGGAGCGACUGUGCGUUCCCGUGGUGACAACAUCUUGGCGUGUGCUCCUAGAUAUUCCUGGAGGACAGAACACGACGUACCAUUUUCAGAUGUUACUGGAACCUGCUACCUCUCUGUUGACAGCCUCAAGACCUUUGUGGAAUUUGCCCCAUGUCGAACGGAAAGACACGGCCCUGCUGGACAGGGCUAUUGUCAAGGGGGGUUCAGCGCCGACUUCACCAAGGAUGGGAGAGUUGUGCUUGGAGGACCUGGCAGCUUUUAUUGGCAAGGCCAGCUGAUCUCAGCCUCCACAGAGGAGAUUGUUAAAGCCUACUAUCCCUCCUACUUCCUGCUGUCGGUCGCCGGGCAGAUUCAGACCCAGCAGGUGCAGGGAAGCUACGAUGACAGUUACCUGGGUUACUCUGUCACCAGUGGGGAGUUCAGUGGGGACAGCGAGGAAGAUUUCAUCACAGGAGUUCCAAAAGGACUCAUGCUGUAUGGUUUAGUGUCCAUCUUAAAUGGGAGGGAUCUGAAUUCUCUGCUGAACUUGACUGGGGAGCAGAUGGGGUCUUACUUUGGCUACGCAGUGGCGGUCACUGACAUCAACAAGGACGGUUUUGAUGACCUUGUUGUGGGUGCUCCGAUGUUCAUGCAUCGUGGGACUGACGGGCAUCUGGAGGAGCUGGGUCAGGUCUACGUGUACUUGCAGAGGGGGCCUCUGCUACUCAGGCAGAGCCAGCACAAACUUCUCGGCCCACAGGCCUUUGGCCGAUUUGGCACCUCCUUGGCUCCACUGGGUGAUCUCAACCAGGAUGGGUUCAACGAUGUGGCAAUUGGCUGUCCUUAUGGUGGUGAGAACCAGCAGGGACUGGUUUUCAUCUAUAACGGUCACACUGGAGGACUGAAGGAUGUGCCUACUCAGACUCUUUCUGGCCAGUGGGCUUCCAGCUCUUUCCCUGCAAGUUUUGGCUUUUCAGUCAGAGGCAACAGAGAUGUUGAUCAGAACGGUUACCCAGAUCUGAUUGUUGGUGCUUUCGGGUCCGACAAGGCUGCGCUGUACAGAUCUCGACCAAUAGUGAGCGCCACCGCAUCUCUCUCAGUGCAGCCAGCCAUGUUCAACCAAGAGGAGUCGACUUGCCUGGUGAUCAAAGGGAAUAAAACCAUUUCUGUGUCUUGUGUCAGCAUCAGUUUCUGCCUGUUGGCUCAUGGGAAACACCUCUCCACUCCACUAGGAUUUGUGGUCGAGGUACAGUUGGACAGCUUGAAGCAGAACCAGAAGGAGUCCAUCAGGAGGACAUUGUUCCUGGAGAGCCAGCAGCCCAGUCUGAUGAAGAGCUUUAAUCUCACAAAUGGUGAAAACAUGUGCCAUGACACCAAGAUCUACCUUCGGGCUGAGGAAGAGUUUCGGGAUAAACUCUCUCCCAUCUACAUCAGCCUGAACUUCAGCCUGGAUCCUCAGGCACCACUGGACCAACACGGCCUUCGUCCCAUUCUGAAUUACCAGACAGAACAGUAUGUAGAGCAAAAGGCUCAGAUCCAGCUGGACUGUGGAGAGGACAACAUCUGUGUUCCGGAUCUCAAGCUGGAUGUUUACGGUGACAGAGCAGAGGUCUACCUGGGGGAUGAAAACACCUUGAGCUUGACCUUUAAUGCCAGGAACGAGGGAGAGGGCGGGGCUUAUGAGGCUGAGCUCUAUGUGGCGUGGCCCCCAGAGGCUGAUUACAGCGGGAUAGCACGCAACAACGUGAGUCUGACUCAUUUGGCGUGCAGCUACGAGGCAGACAACCAGACCCGCUAUCUGGUGUGUGAUCUGGGGAACCCCAUGAAGUCCGGUACCAGUUUAUGGGCCGGUCUUCGGUUUACUGUGCCCAGGCUGGAGGACACUCAGAGUUCUGUUCAGUUUGAGCUCCAGAUACGAAGUAAGAACACCAACAACUCAGAGAGUGAGGUGGUGCUGUUUGAGCUGGAGGUUGCUGCUGUGGCUGAUGUCAUUCUGCAGGGAGUUUCACGUCCGGACAAAGUCAUCUUCCCUCCACCCAAUUUCACCAUCCAUCACAAUCUGAGGGGGGAACAAGACGUUGGUCCUGAGCUUCACCAGGUUUAUGAGCUGGUGAACAACGGCCCCAGUUCAGUGAGCCAGGCAUCUUUAGUGGUACAAUGUCCCCUGAGGGCCCAGGACCAUGCGCUGCUCUACCCUGUGGAGGUGAUCAGCAAGGGGCCGCUCAGCUGCUCCUCUGAGACUAACUUCAAUGCACUGAAACUUAAGCUUCAGCCUCCAGCUGCAGAUGGGCCAAAGUCACUUAAGUCCAACACUGAGCUUCGCAUCCAGAAGAGGGAGGUGCACCGAGAUCCUCUUGGUGAACAAAGAAACCUGACAUGUGGCGCUGUGGAAUGCUGGGAGCUGAGCUGUAAUGUGGGGCUGCUGCAGAGAGGAGGCAGCACCAUCCUGACUGUACGCUCCAGGCUCUGGGCUGAGACCUUCAUGGAGAGACCUCACAAACAGUACACCCUGGAGUGUUUGGUUCACUACAAGGUGAACAGGAUGUCAUACUCUAUUCUUCCUAAAUUCAAACCAUCAGGAUCUAAAAAGGUGGUCACUACCGUGAUGUGGGCCAAGCCAGAUGGUCAGUUCUCAGUUCCAGUCUGGAUCAUCAUCCUGGCUGUUCUAGCUGGGCUGCUGUUACUGGCACUGCUCAUAUACCUGCUGUACAAGAUGGGUUUCUUCAAAAGGUCAGAUCCAUAUGGCACCACCAUGGAGAAGGCCCACCUCAAACCCCAGGCCUCCUAUGAAGCCUAGAUCCAACACAGACCCAGGGAUGGGCGUUCCUCACCCUAAGCAGGCACCCGAUUAAUGCAGGAACAGUUGUGGGUGCUGCUUCACUGGAAUAUUAUUGAUCUGGUGCUGCAUUAAAAUGCCAAAGCAGAGGACAACAGGGACCAUGCAGAUAAAGCACACUGCUGUUUUGGACAUGAACUUGUACGGUCCGUCUCUUUAGAGGCUUGUGCUUGUGGAAAAGACUCCUCAUGGAGUCAUUCUGGGACCAAAUGCACCUCCACCAAAAGGCACUAAAGCAUUCCUUUAUUUCAAGAACUUGUAUUUUUAAACAUGUCUGCAAUUGUCCUUCUUUAUUUCAUCUAGCCUAUACACCAAAUAAUAUUUAUGGCUAAGAGUUUCCCUAUUGAUUACUGAAUGUCAUGUUUUGUACUGUCUGCAGGAAACACCAGAUGAAACUGCAAUGUUUAGAUUCAAUCAUCCCUCUCCCAUAUUGGGAGGUACUGUGUGUGUGAUGCAAUGUAUUCAUUGUGUUGUGGCCUAAAGGUGGAGCGACUCAAAUUAAAGUCUAAUUUUGUAUACAUACUCAAAAUACCUCUUGUGUGAACUGUAAAGGGCAGGCUUGUACUGCUGCAUUGUAGUUUCAGUAGCGGUGAGGUGUAAGAUGUACAGGAGGUAAGGGUUUGCCCUGUCAUCACUGGGUUGCUGGUUCAAACCUCCAUUAGAAUUAACACUGGGGGGUCCGUUGUUGGGUUUUUGAUGUUUUGGUGUUGUUGAAACUUCCUGAUGAGAACGUUCUCUACAAGGACUCAGUUCUCAUCAUUCAGAACAUUUUAUUCCUUAGUGAACGCCACGCCACAUCACUGCCCGUCACUUGACAAAACUGGAAUGUGGUGAUGUCUUCUACUUCAACCAACGUCAUCUGAUUGUUUAUUCGUUCAGGACCAGCCAUCUCUGGAGAACGUCCGUGAUGUGUGAUGUUGGGGUGGCAGGUCUAUAGCAUUUAAAGACAGGAGGAUGAGAUUUCUUAGGCGCUGGAGAGAACCAUCUGGUCCUGCUGCCUUGUUCUGGUUUUAGUCGCUCCAACUGGAGACAGACAGGAGGAAGCAAAAGGAGCGCCAAAACUAAAUUAUUUUAUUUUUCUCAUUUUAGGGUAUUUGACAACAUUUUUAUUUAAUUUUAUUGUAUUUUACUUUUUGUAAUUUUAUUUCCAUAAAUUUCAACCCCGUAUAAGACUGUUAGGAAAAGAUUAGUGCACCCAAAAGACAAGAUAUUGUCAGCGCAAAAAUGGGGAGUCGUGUAUGAAAUAACAUGCAAACUCUACAAUAACACACAUAGGAGAAACGGGACGCCAACUCAACACACGAAAAACAACAAAAAGAGGAGUGUGAGAAGGAAACAAGUCGAAGACACACAAGAGCAGCAAAGAAGCAGAAAUCACAAAGAAAUUUGCCGUAACAGACCACCGUACAAGAGAAAAUCCUGUAAUGGACGGGGAGAACACACGGAUCAUAAACACAAAGCAACAGAAAUUCUGAAAAUGGAUCAAAGAAGCAAAAGAGAUAACGAGACGCGGACCCAGGACCAUUAACAGGGAAGAAGAAGUUUACACCCUGGACCACUCAUGGGACACGGUGAUCAGCGGAGAAGGCGCGGGCAGCAGAGGGCGAUACAAAGGUAACAACAAGCCCUUAUCACUCUGUACAACGAAGAGCUAAAGGAGAUGAAACCUUUUAGAAACCUUGAAACCUUGGAGAUGUGGGUUUGUUUCUGCCUGUAUUACAGUUCUCUAGUUUUGCACUGAAUCUAAAGCUUGUAUUUGUAUCACGCCUGUAUUUGGCCUUGUUAGGAUCCAGUACAGCAUAUUUUAUAAUUGAUCGGCCAUAUGCUUUUAUUCAUGCUUUUCUGUGCUGUUUCACUUGUUAAUUCCUGUGUUCAGCUCUUUGGUCAGCUUCAUGCUGUUUAAAUGUGCUCUACAAAUAAACUUGGACUGGAUUGGAUCAUGGUUGGACCAUGAUCUUGGGGUGCUCA